AUGGGGAACAGCUUGAGGUGCUGUUUGGCGUGCGUGAUUCCCUGCGGCGCACUGGACUUGAUCCGGAUAGUCCAUCUGAACGGGUACGUGGAGGAAAUAACCCGACCCGUAACCGCCGGCGAGAUCCUGCAGGCCAACCCCAACCACGUCCUCAGCAAGCCUUCCUCCCAGGGAGUUGUCCGCCGGAUCCUCAUCCUCUCGCCCGACUCCGAGCUCAAGCGCGGCGGCAUUUACUUCCUGAUCCCGCAAUCCUCCUUGCCCGACAAGAAACGACGCCGUACAAAACGCAGCAGUCUCAAAAAGUGUACCACCGACCACGAUAACAGCAAGAACAAUGGUGACCAUCACGCUUCUGUUAGCGACCACUGCAAUCUGUACUUGCCGGAGACGGCAAUCUCCCUCUCCGAGGAGGAGGAGAAGAAGAAGGAGCAAGAUUCGACGCCGUCAACACGGCGUCACAGACGGACUGGGACGGGCAGAUCUGGAGUGUGGCAGCCAUAUCUAGACAGCAUCAUGGAAGACUCGUAA